GGUAUUAAAUUUGUUGGGUGGGGUUGAGAUUUUAAAUGAGGGUUUAGGUUCUCGUGUGUGAUGGAUUGGUGUGAGACUCUUUAAACACCGACUGCCCCAGGCAAUGAAUGAAGAAAAGCCAUUUGCCUGCAGUUCGUAAUUGCAUUAUUUACUCCAAAUUUCCCCUUCCUGCAUACUUCUUGGGAUUUUUCCAGCAAUUAAUUCUUUUCCUGCCCUCAAUUUACACUAUCUUCCACCCAAUAACUUCAAUUCAAUUCCAUCUCUCUCUCUCUCUCUACGCUAUUCUCUCCACCUCUCUCCCACAAUUUAAUUAAGCUUUAAUUCACCUCCCCUCAUUUUCCUUGUAUAAAAUGGCCUCCAAUGUUCAGAUCAUCCCCACAAAACACAUCAUAUUGGUGUUGCCGGAUCUUGAUACUAUUCUUCCAGCUUUUCCAUUCUCUUUCUGAGGUCCAUCCCCACAUCACCAGCAGGUGACGCGGCGCAAACCAUGAGUCGCAGAAACGGAAGCGGUCCAAAGCUUGACUUGAAGCUGAACCUAUCACCACCGAGAGCUGACCGGAGACUGGAGUCUCCCAGCAGAUCGGCCACGGCGUCUCCAUCGUCCCCGCCGAGUUCCUGCUUGUCGUCGGAGCUCAACCAAGAAGAGAACGGUCAGAGAUACUCGAACAGCCCCGAAGCGACGUCGAUGGUGUUGGUGGGAUGCCCUCGCUGUCUCAUGUACGUGAUGCUGUGCGAGGACGAUCCCAAGUGCCCCAAGUGCAAGAGCACCGUUUUGCUGGAUUUCCUCCAUGACACCAACAACCCCACCGGAAGGAGGAACUAGAAUAGCAUUCCCCUGUUUCCCUUUAUGCAAUUUCUCGUAUGCUGCUAGGACAUAUUAGCUUUUUAAUCCUAGGAAUCUCUCUGUUAAAGUUUCCUUUUCUCUUUUGCUCUUCUAUAAUAUUUUUCCCUUCCGAGAGUAGUGCUAUGUGCGCUCCACUUUUGCCAUAUCUUUCCACUAUUUCAAGUGGGGUCAAAACAGGGGAUUCAAAGAGGGUGAGAGAAAGUGGAGCGUGAAUAGCACUGUUCUUUCUAAUCAUAUAUACAGAAACAAACAAGUUAGGGGGGUUUCUCAGAAUGCUAAUUGCGGAUAUCUAUGUGUAUGUGACUAUCUAUCUUCUGGGUUCAGGUUUUUCUGCUUCGCUGGCUGCAACAAUGUAAUUACGGCUACAAUGAAUGUGUUUCCCUUGAA